CCGGUGCCACCAUCUCGUCCCAAGCCAACGGCUCCCUUUGGUGGGAACCCACCAAGUCCUGGGCCUUCAUCCGGGGUUUGGGCUACCAUGGGGGCUCCCUCAUUUGCCACCAGCCCGGCCUCUACUUCGUCUACGCCAAGGUCCAGCUGGGGGCCACCGGGUGCCCCACGCGUGCCUCCACCCUUCACGGCAUCCACAAGCGCACUCCGCGCUACCCCGGGGUCCUCGACCUCCUGGUCAACCGGGUCUUUUACUGUCCCCAGGUCCACCAAGUCCCCUGGGCCAAGCAGAGCUUUGUGGGGGGGUUGGUGCACCUGGAAACGGGGGACGAGGUCUUCACACGGGUGCAGGCGCCCGAGUUGGUGCGGGUGGUGGACAGCACCCGCUCGUAUUUCGGGAUGUUCAUGGUGUGA